CCGGGAUGACGGCCACCGCUUCCGGGGCGGGUCCCAGCGUGCGGUAUUGCUGUGGCCAGUUCCCUCCCGGCCUGUGUUCCUGAACUCCCAGCUGCUAUGAGCUUCCUCAAAAGUUUCUCGCCGCCCGGGCCGGCCGAGGGCCUUCGGCAGCAGCAGCCAGAUACCGAGGCUGUGCUGAACGGGAAGGGCCUGGGCACCGGGACCCUCUACAUCGCUGAGAGCCGCCUGUCUUGGUUAGAUGGCUCUGGAUUAGGAUUCUCACUGGAAUACCCCACUAUUAGUUUACAUGCUGUGUCCAGGGACCUAAACGCCUAUCCACGAGAGCAUUUGUAUGUAAUGGUGAAUGCCAAAUUCGGAGAAGAAUCAAAAGAAUCUGUUGCUGAUGAACAAGAGGAAGACAGCGAUGAUGAUGUUGAACCAAUUACUGAAUUUAGAUUUGUGCCUAGUGAUAAGUUAGCAUUGGAGGCGCUGUUCACUGCCAUGUGUGAAUGCCAGGCCUUGCAUCCAGAUCCUGAGGAUGAAGAUUCAGAUGAUUAUGAUGGAGAAGAAUAUGAUGUGGAAGCACAUGAACAAGGACAAGGGGAUAUCCCUACAUUUUAUACCUAUGAAGAAGGAUUAUCCCAUUUAACAGCAGAAGGCCAAGCCACAUUGGAGAGAUUAGAAGGAAUGCUUUCUCAAUCUGUAAGCAGCCAGUAUAAUAUGGCAGGGGUCAGGACAGAAGAUUCAAUAAGAGAUUAUGAAGGUGAAUGGGAUGGAGGUGGAUACCACACCAACAGUUGCUGGACAGUUUGAGGAUGCAGAUGUUGAUCACUGAAAAUGUUGAUCGUUGCUUUAAGAUUCUGCUGAUAACUGUAGGAGAGAACUUGGUGCCUCUUCCACUCUGGAGUGGGGUUGAUGACAGUCUUUUUCUUUCUCCAAAACUCAUCUGAACCAGUUCUUUUUCGAGACAGACUAUAUUGAGACAAGUUGUCACCAGCAGAAGAUACUAUGACCUUUAUUAACAAAGGUGAAUUAACUUAACCAAGAGGGUAUUUGUAGUUUAUUAUUUACCCCAAAACUUUCUGUGGCUAGGUACCCUCUGAGUAGGCCUAUACUUCCUGCUGCCUUCACUGUAUGCAUCUUCUGUAAGCUGGCAGGCCUGUGUGGUGAAAAUGCAUAGGAUCUUGGAAGUGUAGGUAAACUGGGAAACAGGCUGAAGCGAAGAUACGCUUCUUUGGGGCAUGAGGGGAUUCAUACCCAUAAAAAGACAAAUCUUAGAGGAAUCCUGGCCUCUGCUCAUUCUCCAUAGAGACAAGAGUCUUCUACUAAUUUGGGGUCCACAUGAAUUAAUUCAGGCAUCUCUAGGUAGCCUCUUCAGAAACACCUCCACCACAAAUACUCCCACUGACUUAAGUACUUCUGACUAGCUUUUGCUUCUUUCACAUUUCAUCAUUCUGCUCUGUUAUAACCUCUUAGGUUAUAUCUUUUAAUUUCCAACCUCUUAGGUUAGUUUCUGUAACAGAACAAGUGAAUCUGGGAUAAAGUCCUCAAAGUACUUCAAAUGGUAAUUGUUUUGCAUUUGUAAUAGCUUAACAAAUAAACCUAGGUUUUCUAUAAUA